AUGUCGCGGAACCCAGUCCCCAUCCAACCUGCCCCAGGGCACCAGCCCUCCCCAAUUCACAUCGUCUCCCGCCAUGAAAUCUCACCAAACUCCCUCUACCAACCAAUAGCCUGUCCCCCACCACGCACCAAAAAGCGUCAUCAUCCACACCACUUCCCACGCCAGCGUCCUCGCCGGCACAACCCGGACUACUCCUCAGACUCAGACUCAGAAAAGCUCGAGCUAGAACCCGAAGACCAACAACUCCCCGACUCAGGCUACGGCACCCAAUCCAGCCUCCAAUCUGUUGACUCCCUAGACUCCCACCCCCCCAAAUCCCUCCUCAGUGCCCUCCUCAACAACAAGCCAAGCAAGCCAUCAGAUAUCAAAAGCAGCCCCCUGCCAGGAAGAGAUGACAUCCUCAUCUUCCGUGGCACGGGCAUGGAGCCCUCGUUUCAGGCAGUUUCCCGCUUCAGGGAGAUCAUGCCUGAGAUUCAGCGAGUGCUGCAGAAACAUGUCGCCAGCUCUCAAAAGUGGUCUUCCUUGCUGCCUAGUGGGAUGAGGAGAAAGAAAAGGGACGGGGAGGAGGUGGUCCUGACGAUGAGGUUGAUGAUGGUGGGCAAAACGGCAGAGACAGCCAGGCCGUCGAUUGUGAUUUUUGUGUCGACUGAUCAGACUGCGGGGUUGGAGGGGGUGAUGAGGGAGCGGGGGGUGAGGGAGCUGUAUUGCCCUGGUGAUGGGUUCGUGACGAACUUUGAGGUGGUGAUUGUGGGGGAGGCGGCGAAGAAGAGGUUUUUACAGAUGGUGGAGGUGACUUGGGAGGGGGGGUCAGCUCUGAGCGUGAACGAUAAGGGGCUGCCGACUUGGUGUGGGGAGGGGAUACGGCUUGGGACGGCGGGGGGCAAAUCUGUUGCGUCUACUAUCGGGGGACUGGUCAAACUGACGAAUCACGACGGGGAGGUUCAAAUUGUGGGGAUGACCGCUGCGCAUGCUCUGGAAGGUUUGCUGGAUGAUGAUGACGGCUCGGACUCGGAAGGAGACGAGACGGAAGAAGAACCCCCCCAGCAGCCCCAACCGCAAAAGCCACUCCUUGGACAGCUCAUCCACCCUUCUUUGCCCAUUAAUACCUGUAGCUCAGACCUCAAAAUCCCACCCCGCGACUGGGCCCUCUUCGAAAUCACCAAAUCCAACCUCAAACCCAACCUCCGCCUCCAAUCAUCGGCCCGCUCUCACUUCAAAGCCCGAGCCGACGAGCUCGCCCUUGCCGAACCAUCCACCUUCCCAGACAUGGCCUCCAUAGAAGUCGAACUCCUCAGCCAGACAGGAGUAAAACACGGGUCUCUAUCACACCUCCCCGCAGGCCUGAUGCUGUCCCCCGACCACGGAUUUGUACAAGCUUACACUCUAACACUAGACGAGACCUACCAAGUUGACAACGGCGACUCGGGCGCCUGGGUGAUAAACCCCAUCUCCAAAACCGUCUACGGCCACCUCGUCUCGACAGACUGCACCGGCGACGGGUACGUCAUCCCUUUACAUUCCACCCUCUCCGAAAUUACCGCCACUAUUCCCGGCCUGGCGUCUGUUUGUCUAGCCGCAAUGGCAGAUUUAGUAGAACAUUCUCUCCGCUCCUAUUCUUGGUAUCUCGACUCAGCUGUGGCCGGUUCAGCAAGGGCAGAGCCAGGGUCUGCGAUCAGCGAGACUCCAGCGUGGGCGAUGGCCCUGGCGGAUUGUGCUGAGAGGGAGAGGGGAAAAGAGAUGAAAUUGGAUGGGGUGGUUAGGGGGGCGUAUGAGCGGGAUGUUAGUGCUGGGGACAGGCUUCGGGUGGGGAAGGGGCAGGGGCGGCUUCUGAGUGAUAGGGACUCGGGGUAUGGGAGCUGUGGGUCGUCGGUGAUUUGUAAUCUUGAGGGGGAUGGUGAUGGGGAGGUGGAGGGGGGGAUGGCGGAUUUUAGAGGUUGGUGA